CAGACAAACCCAUAGCUGUAUACAGUGGUAACAUUCAUUUGACAAGUAUUGGAUCUAGUAACUUUGAAAAUAUUACAGCAGAAAAUAAGACAGCAUGGACUUUGGUGGAACAGAUGAUACCAGUGGAAGCUUGGGGGACAGUUUUUGCUAUGCCUAAGAUGAACAAUGUCCAGGUUAAGGUCCUUGCAAGUCUUGACCACACAGUGUUAACCUUUGCCAAUGGGACAAUGACCAAAAUUAAGAAGCGUGGUCAGUCCGUGGUCAUUCCUCCCUCAGUGGACAACAGUGGCUUUUACAUCACAGCAAGCAAACCUGUCCUUGUAGUUGCCUAUGUGGAAGCUGAGAAUGUGUCUUCUCUUGGAAUGAUUGUUCUGCCACCUGUACAGCAGGGAGGAAGCAAUUUCUUUUUCACAAGCGAAUCACCAACCAUGAUAACCAUAGCAGUUGAUGCCUGCCACUUGGACAAUGUUCUUGUGAACAACUUUCCCCCACGUAGGUGGUGCUGUAGUACAGCCGUACCCAUCNNAUGUUAA